AAUGGCUGGGCCGGACGUAUUCCUGUCUGUGAAGCUGUGGUGUGUGACGAACCUGAGAAAACCAAUGCAGAGCGGAGCGACUUCCAGGAGCCUCCUCACACCUACAGGAAUGUGAUCCACUACCAGUGUCGCAGUGGAACACUGGUGGGAAAAGAGGAGAUCUGGUGCACCGAAAAUGGGAGGUGGAGCGCCCCCCCUCCUCACUGCGCAGAAGAGGGAAUAACCUGCCCUGCUCCUUUGGUGGCCAACUCUGUCAUGAUUGGUGGAGAGGUUCCUCCGUACCAAGUUGGACACAAAGUGACCUUCACCUGCAGACCAGGUUUCCAUCUAACUGGGUCUGAACACAUCACAUGUGGGUCACUUGGCAUGUGGCAGCCCAAGCUUCCACGGUGUAUUCUUCUACCAAUGUCGACCGAGGAGCCCUUCUACGACGUAGAACUCCCUCCUGCAGGGGGCUGUUCGAGGCCAGCAGCAAUCAAAAACUCCAAUGCAGACCUUACAGAGAAGUACAUGAUGAGGAAGACCUUUUCAUCUGGUGACCAAGUCCAGUACAUGUGUAAUGUUGGAUAUGCUCCAGCAGGGGGCAGCAGCUACCGCACCUGUAGGAACGGAAAGUGGACAGGACUGUUCAUGAGAUGUGAACGCAAGAUGUGCGGUACAGCAGGAGAGAUCCUGAAUGGAGAGUUCUCCUACACUGGAGUAGAGUUUGGAGACACGGCCACAGCUGUCUGUAAUAAUGGAUACGUUCUUGUGGGACAGAAAACGAGGAACUGUCUGAGUAAUGGCUGGGACGGACGUAUUCCUGUCUGUGAAGCUGUGGUGUGUGACGAACCUGAGAAAACCAAUGCAGAGCGGAGCGACUUCCAGGAGCCUCCUCACACCUACAGGAAUGUGAUCCACUACCAGUGUCCCAGUGGAACACUGGUGGGAAAAGAGGAGAUCUGGUGCACCGAAAAUGGGAGGUGGAGCGCCCCCCCUCCUCACUGCGCAGGACUUGUCAGGAGUUUAAGGAGGACUUGUCCUCCUCCAAACGUGGCCAACGCCUACUGGACUCACUCCCAUUAUCCCUGGCAUCACUACGGAGACGUCAUAUCAGUCAGUUGCACCCAGGGCUACGUUCUGACUGGUCCCAGCGCAAUUUCCUGUGGCGUCGAUGGCCAAUGGUCACCAGUGCUCCCUGAAUGUAAAAGCAGAAAAUAAUCACUGCUGUUGCUGCGAUGUCACCUGACAUUUAAGGCAGGAAAAUAUCAACAAAGAAGUAACCGAUCACAUACUGUAUAUUGGAAAAGUAAUCACACUGUUAGCAGUAGUCUGCUCCUCAGCCGUCACGGUAAAAACAAUAAAAGUAGUUGGACAUGAA